AUGGCUACCAAUACCCACGAACAGCAGGACUCACCAUCCUCUACCAAGACCAGCACCCCCACUCCCCAUGCCAAAACACUGACCAAUUACGAAGACUGGAUCCCAGCGCCCCUCAACCCUCCCCAAGACUCCGCCAUGGACCCGAUCUACCUAUUCCACAUGAGCCGAGUCAUCACGACCGACCCGACCCAGAGAGAGCUCUUCGCAGCUCUCGCCCGUGUACAGCUGCUGACUGAAACCCUGCAAGCGAACCCACUCAGAAAGGCCCUCAUCGCACGCCGUGCUUCGCAGUCAGAUCGCAGCGAAGUCAAGAGAAUCCUGUAUUCCCCCAACUGGAAGACCGUCGCAGCCAUCCUUCGCCUGGUGAGAACCGGCAAAGAGAGAGAUUGUGUGCUUGACUACAUCGCUUAUGCGAAUGCGACAGACUCCAUUCGCGAGCAAAUCCCUACUUGGCCCGUCGCUGUGAGAAAGAACUGCACCGAGCUGUUGGAUCACUUUGAUGUCACGAUUCAGCAGGGCUCUGGCUCUGCAGAUGGCAAUCGUGAUACUGGCAAAAGCACCAACAAGGCUCUGGCUGGUUAG